GGCACAGCCGGUCCCGGCUGCGGCUUCUGGCUGCGCGGUCUGCGCGCGCCUCCCGGGCGGAUUCCAUUCCCGAGCGCGACAGCGCGGCGGGGAGCGACGAGUGCAAGGAAUAUGUGGAGAUAAUUCCACUAUCAAAGACUGUAUGUAAAUUUUCCAAGAUGGAUAGAUGAUGGUGCUAAAACUGUUUUGCUGUUCCAGGAUUUCUCUCUGAUCAAACGGACAGUUCAGGACUCAGAAUCUAAGGAUGAAUGUUCACCGUGGCAGUGACAGUGACAGGUUAUUGCGGCAGGAGGCCAGCUGCUUAGUGGAUGAUACUUCAGUUGCAGCCCAAGAAAAAGAAGCAAAUAGCCUGGCUUCAUCUGGUCCUCAUAAUCUUACUUAUCCUCUAGGUCCCAGGAAUGAAGACCUCUCGCUUGACUAUGCCUCUCAGCCAGCAAAUCUUCAGUUCCCUCACAUAAUGUCCCUUGCUGAAGACAUCAAAGGUUCUUGCUUCCAAAGUGGGAAUAAACGGAACCAUGAACCUUUUAUUGCUCCAGAAAGAUUUGGAAACAGUAGUGUGGGCUUUGGCAGUAAUUCCCAUUCCCAAGCACCAGAGAAAGUGACGCUUCUUGUAGAUGGCACACGUUUUGUUGUGAAUCCACAGAUUUUCACUGCUCAUCCGGAUACCAUGCUGGGAAGGAUGUUUGGACCAGGAAGAGAGUACAACUUCACUCGGCCCAAUGAGAAGGGAGAGUAUGAGAUUGCUGAAGGCAUCAGUGCAACUGUAUUUCGCACAGUGCUGGACUAUUACAAAACCGGUAUCAUCAAUUGUCCUGAUGGCAUCUCUAUCCCAGAUCUUAGAGAUACAUGUGAUUAUCUCUGCAUUAAUUUUGAUUUCAACACUAUCCGAUGUCAAGAUCUGAGUGCUUUACUGCAUGAACUGUCCAAUGACGGUGCUCAUAAGCAGUUUGAUCACUACCUCGAAGAGCUGAUCUUGCCUAUCAUGGUGGGCUGUGCCAAGAAAGGAGAGCGAGAGUGCCACAUUGUUGUGCUGACGGAUGAGGAUUCUGUGGACUGGGAUGAAGACCACCCUCCACCAAUGGGGGAGGAAUAUUCCCAAAUUCUUUAUAGCUCCAAGCUGUACAGAUUCUUCAAAUAUAUUGAGAAUAGGGAUGUUGCAAAAACAGUGUUAAAGGAACGGGGCCUGAAAAACAUUCGCAUUGGAAUUGAAGGUUACCCUACCUGUAAAGAAAAAAUUAAGAGAAGGCCUGGUGGCCGGUCUGAAGUCAUCUAUAAUUACGUACAACGCCCCUUCAUCCAGAUGUCAUGGGAAAAGGAAGAAGGGAAGAGUCGCCAUGUGGAUUUCCAGUGUGUUCGAAGCAAAUCCCUCACGAAUCUGGUAGCUGCUGGAGAUGAUGUCUUGGAGGACCAUGAAAUAUUAAUGCAUCACCCACCCCAAGUGGAUGAACUUGACCGGCUAAAUGCCCCACUUUCUCAGAUGGCUUCUAACGACUUUCAGGAUUAGGGCCAGCUGUGGGUCUACCCCUUGUGGGAGCCCAUCUCACCUAAGAUGCCUGCAGCCAGCCCUCCCUCAUGAUUUGUCUCACCCUGAGUAGGAAUCAUGCUUCUCCCCUAUCCUUUUCCUUUCUCCCAUAAUUAACAUGUGUCCUUUCCAGUAAGUCUGUGCCUCUGGCAGGGGAUGAAGAAGUACUCAAAUUAGCUACCAUCUUUGCAGCAUCCCUGAUAACUUGAAAAAUUUGGGUCUGGUGCUGUUCACUGAGUCUUUGUGUAACGGCAAAAGCAGGAAAGGAAGUCAAGACUGUUGCCUUGUGUUUAGCAAAGCAGUCCUUAUCCUUUAUACUCUGUUCUUGGGUUUUGUUUUUGUUUUGUUUUAUACCAGGCAAAUUGCUUAGUAGCAAAGGGACCAAACUUAAAAGGUGACAAUCUCUAACUUUUAAAAACAGGCACCAAUCGGAUGCUCAUUAGAGGUUAAUGAAGAUGCCAUUCUUGGUGGCCUCUGCACCCAAAUUGCAUCUGGAAAGAACUAGGGUCUCGUUCAGAAUGUCCAAAAGGAAAUUCCUAAGAGGUUAAAUUCAGAUUUGCUUCUCAUUAACGCAGCAAACAAUUCAAAACCACAGAUUCUUUGGCAGGAAGGAUAAUGGAAUAAUAAUGUUGAUGAGACCUUUUUAGCUUCAAGGUUUUGGAGUCUAAAAACAAAUGGAUGAUUCAUUUGGAAUGAAACUCAAAAGUAGAAGAACCUCCAAAUCAGGCCAAUUGGGUUAUCCUGGCUUGGAAUCUGGUGUGAAACCAUAGGUCUUAACACUCUGGAGCAGCACAUUGCUGUGGAUGUGGCUAGGAGACCUUAGAUAUGGCUUAAAGGCUUUUAAGAUGAGGACAGAAAUUGCUCACAAUUGCUCACUUUCUCAACAGAAAGACUUGUAAGAGUGCCAGCACGGGGUGUAUGCAGUGAAGCUGGGUGGGAAGCAUCAUCUGCACAGUCGCUGUCCUAGCAGGAUUUUUCUCUUAUCUUUUCAUACCAUGGGAUUUUUGGAUAUCAGUGUAUUUUGGUUCUUGAAAUAGCCUAAUAGCUGCUCACACAUUGGGUAAGAAAAUUAUACCAAUGUCAUCCCUAAAGGAAGGGUGAGUUGAAUGGAAAUUAAGCCCGGUCAUUUUAUUUGAUCUAUCAGCUCUAUUAUCAGUGCAUGAUCACCCAGAUCACCCUUCUCAGCCCCCACAGUGCUGAACCAUCUUCCUUCCUCUUCUCCAUGGCUGUUAAUAGUACCGCUAAAUUUAGAGUCCAGAGCCAGAUAAAAGUAUUUUGGGAUUAUCUCCCAGUUUGUGGUAGAAGCUGACUGGAAUACAGGUUGAGUAUCUCUUAUCCAAAAUGCUUGGGACCAGAAAGGUUUCAGGUGUCACAUUUUGGAAUACCUAACAGUUAAGUACCCGAAAUCUGAAAGGCUUUUGAACAUCAUGUCGGCACUCAAAAAAAAAAAAGACUUUGGAGCACUUCAGAUUUUGGAUUUUUGGAUUUGGGAUGCUCAUCCUGUGUAGGAGAGGCUACUCAAUUCCAUGUAAUGACCUAGUCAUAAUCAUCCAAAGUUAAAAGCCGGGUAGAUUUGAAAGCUCUUUCCAGGGCUGAAGAAGUGUUCUUAUGUUCUCUACGUAUGACUGGCAUCACUGUGGAAAUUAAUACUCUGUUCUUCACUAGGAUGUAGUAAGUGGUUAAAUUGAGCUAUUCCCCACCAGAUGACUAUUGGCAUCCAUUUGCAAGGCCAAUGGCCUGGAUUAAGGGUUAGGAUUAUUUGUAGCUAGAAGGUAAUUUUACUUCUAUGAAACUAAUUGGCUCAUAUUUGAGGUCAGGUUUGGCCUUGACCUUACCAGUACAUUUAUACCCACUACCAGUUGACUAGCCCAGAUAAUUGUUAAAUGGUGCUUCCUUUCUGCUUCUCAGUAGACUUCCAUGCCAUUACAAAGGAAAUUUGAAUUACCUAGUGUUUGUAUAUUCCAUAAUAAGUAUGUAUAACUUCUGUUUCACAGCUUAGGUAUUGUUAACAUUUAAGUGUAAACAUGCCACAACUAACACUUAAAAAUGAAAACUAAUUAGUUCUUGCUUAGGGAAAAUACCAGGUAUGAAGUAUGGCAUAUACUUGACACUGUUCUGUGUAACCCUUUACUUUGCUCAGGCUUUCCAGAUUGAGGUCUUUUUUCCCCCAAGUUAGGUUAACAUGCAUUUAAGCCCAACCUGUGGGGUUUCAGUAAGCUGGAAAUCUUUGAUGGUAGGCUUUCUAGUGUCACGAGGUGGUGGUGACUGAAGGAAAAGCUGGGAUCACAGGUUCCUUCUGGUGGAGAGGAAGAUUUAUGUCUAUGCCCCACCCAUCACCCUCCACCUGGAGCUCACCCAAGCCUGCUCCAUUCCCAGGGGCAGGCCAUUCUGCAAAAGUAGGACCUCUCAGUCCUCACAGAAACAAGGGCUGGGUUGAAGUCACCCCCUUCAUAGUUGGUUACUGGCCAGAUGGGUAAGAGGCAUUUGUAAUCGUAAAAAGGUGGAACUUGGGUUUGGUGUUUUCUUCUAAGUGCCUAAAUAAGCAAGCCAGGCUGUUGACAGAGAAACAUUUUCAUAAGAAAAUGGUUUUAGCCAGAGUAAUUGGCAAGCCGAGAUUAACCCGAAUCUGAAGUUUAGAAUCUUGAGUUUGCAUCUGCAUCAUACCAUGCUGUUUCGAUGAGGAAACAUUUGCCACUGAGGAGUUGGAGGGCGGGCAAGAUGACAGUGUUAAAGUGAGUCAGAUCAUUUAAUGGUUUCCCCUAGGCCCUGGAAAGGCUUAUAAUGUAUUGUUAACAUUUAAGUGUUCUGAAGUUAAAAAGCAAGGGUUUUUGGCCAGGCAUGGUGGCUUACGCCUGUAAUCCCAGCACUUUGGGAGGCCAAGGCCGGCAAAUCACCUAAGGUCAGGAGUUUGAGACCAGCCUGGCCAACACAGUGAAACCCCGUGUCUACUAAAAAUACAAAAAAAAUCAGCUGGGUGUGGUGGCGAGCGCCUGUAGUCCCAGCUACUUGGGAGGCUGAGGCAGGAGAAUUGCUUGAACCUGGGAGGUGGAGGUUGCAGCGAGCCAAGAUCGUGCCACUGCACUCCAGCCUGGGCAACAGAGCAAGACUCUGUCUCAAAAGAAAGAAAAAAAAAAGGUUUUGGCUGGGUGCAGUGGCUCAUGCCGGUAAUCCCAGCACUUUGGGAGGCCAAGGUGGGAGGAUCACUUGAGGUCAGGAGUUUGAGACUGGCCUGGGCAACAUAAAAAAUAAAAAAAUAGCCAGGCAUGGACAUGGUAGUGCAUACCUGUAGUCCCAGCUACUCAAGAGGCUGAGGCAGGAUGACUCUUGAGCUCAGGAGGAUGAGGCUGCAGUGAGAUACGAUGACGCCACUGCACUCCAGCCUGGAUGGCAGAGCAAGACCCUGUCUCAACAUUUUAAGUCAAAGGUUUGUAGUAAUGUAUUCAAUGCCACUUCUUGCCAUCACUUUGCAAUUGUUGAAAUGGGUAUACUGAGCUCAGAAAGCAAAUCUGAUGCCUUCAUGGGAGACGGAGCCAUAUUUGUGUUCUGGGUGGGAUCACUAGUGCAGGAGAACAUUACAUUUUCUUCUGAAGGCAAAAUGCUUGUAGGUUUUGCCUCUUUACUUUGUAUUUACUUUUAAAAUUGCACUUGUUCACCUACCAGUGUUUACGAAAUCCUGUAUUUGGGAUGCUUUUUCUAUAAUAAAAUACUAUCAUUUGA